CGGCAUCUUCUGGGACCCAUGACAGGUCCCAGAAGACUCCGGACCAAUCACAAAGCGCAGCGCUUCUCGCGCAUGUGCAGUCCACAGUCUCUUGGUCAUCCCCUGUACUGUCUGCAGUCUCUGGUCAUCCCCUGUACUGUCUGCAGUCUCUUGGUCAUCCCCUGUACUGUCUGCAGUCUCUGGCCAUCCCCUGUACUGUCUGCAGUCUCUGGUCAUCCCCUGUACUGUCUGCAGUCUCUGGUCAUCCCCUGUACUGUCUGCAGUCUCUUGGUCAUCCCCUGUACUGUCUGCAGUCUCUGGCCAUCCCCUGUACUGUCUGCAGACUCUUGGUCAUCCCCUGACUGUCUGCAGUCUCUGGUCAUCCCCUGUACUGUCUGCAGUCUCUUGGUCAUCCCCUGUACUGUCCGCAGUCUCUUGGUCAUCCCCUGUACUGUCUGCAGUCCCUGGCCAUCCCCUGUACUGUCCGCAGUCUCUGGUUAUCUCCUGUACUGUCUGCAGUCUCUGAUCAUCUCCUGUACUGUCCGCAGUCUCUGGUCAUCUGCUCUACUGUGUCCGCAGUCUCUGGUCAUCUCC